AACAACAACCACAACUCCUCCUUGUUUUCAGCACGACAAUCAGGACUUCAACAUAGCAUCGACACCUGCUCUGCUGAAGCUCUACAGAGAACAGAUCAGGCUUCUGCAUUUGUGGCACAUUUUCUCGCAACUUCAACCUCAUCCAGUGCCUCGAACCCUCAGAGAAUAAACACCCCUGUUUCGCAGCCACAUACACUUGCUACGUCGUAAUAAUCGCUUGGGCGACGUCAGCCUACCAUUGCAUGAGUGUUCGAGCCUUGGUCUGAGGGCGAGCAGCCCAAUUCAUUGAGGAUGAGCCAACUCCUCACCGCUCGGCAGGCGGAAGAACUGCACAAAUCUAUGGUCGCUUAUCUUAUUUCUGUGGGCAUGAACGACAGCGCUGUGGCCCUAAGACGAGAAUCCAACCUGCCAGACUCAUUUGACGAUGCCACUGCAAAAAAAUACGAGACUCUCCUCGAGAAGAAAUGGACUUCGGUUGUGCGACUUCAGAAAAAGAUCAUGGACCUCGAGGCAAAGAAUACGGCUCUCCAACACGAGAUUGAUACCGCGACGCCCCUCUCAUCUAACCGCAAGAUCGACCCAGUGACCUGGUUGCCUCGGAGUCCUGCGAGACACACUCUACAAGGACAUCGAUUACCAGUCACAUCUGUGGCCUUCCACCCUAUUUUCUCCUCCCUCGCCUCUGCCUCCGAAGACUCGACGAUCAAAAUAUGGGACUGGGAAUUAGGAGAGCUGGAGCGGACGCUCAAAGGCCAUACUAAAGCAGUCUUGGACGUAGACUUUGGCGGUCCGAGAGGGGGAACACUGCUUGCAAGCUGUAGCAGCGACCUGACAAUCAGAUUGUGGGAUCCUAGUGAUGAGUACAAGAACAUUCGGACGUUACCUGGACAUGAUCAUUCGAUUUCCUGCAUCCGCUUCAUACCUUCGGGCGCGGCCGGCGCACCUCUUUCGGGAAAUACAUUGGUCUCUGCGUCAAGAGAUAAGACACUCCGAAUAUGGGAUGUAACGACAGGUUAUUGCCUGAAGACAUUAAAGGGCCACACGGAUUGGGUCAGGGCAGUGACACCCUCGAUUGAUGGCAGGUUUUUACUGAGUGCGGGCAACGACCAAAUCCCAAGGCUCUGGGAUGCGAACUCGGGCGAGGUGAAGAUUACAUUCCUUGGACAUGAGCACGUAGUAGAGUGCGUGGCAUUUGCUCCAAGUACCUCGUAUGUACACUUGAGUGGUAUUGCUGGCUAUAAAAAGCCUCCUCCUGUGGGCAGCAGUGGAGAAUUCCUGGCAACUGGAGGCCGAGACAAAAUCAUCAAAAUCUGGGACAACAGGGGCACAUGUCACAAGACUUUGGUAGGCCAUGACAACUGGGUCCGAGGUCUUGUCUUUCAUCCUGGUGGACGGUAUCUCCUCUCAAUCUCGGAUGACAAGACCAUCCGUUGCUGGGAUCUCUCACAGGAGUGUAAAUGCGUCAAAGUGGUGGACGAGUCACACCAACACUUCAUCAGCAGCAUCAGAUGGGCGCCCGAUGUUCCAGGACAGCCAAUGACGAAUGGAGACAGCAAUGGAGUGUCGACGACCACAAAGAAGGAGGACGGUGUCGGGGGAGGGAAGAUUCGGUGUGUUAUUGCAACUGCCAGCGUAGACUUGAAUGUUCGCGUCUUUGCUGGUUAGAACAGUGUCACGUAAGGAGAGUCGAUCUCCUCGACCAUGUACCAUGCUCGGACUGUUGGAUCACCGCGGAACAGAAGAGAUAGACAUGCACGAGUGUAUGAGUAUGAAUUAUGAUUCUAUGAAUCCAG